CCGCUUCUCGUGGCGCGCGGCAGCAAGGGCUACGCGGCCUGCGCCUACGUCGACGUCGGCGUCGCCGAGAAGUUCGAGGAGGCCUGCAUCAUCUUCUCCGGCGUCGCGACGCACGCGGACAUGGCCGGGUCCGACGUCAAGAAGGCGUCGCCCGCGGCGCUGGCGCUCGGCGUCACCGUCGGCAUGAAGGGCGCGGACGCGCUCGAGCUGCUU